GGACGCACAGCUUCCCUAUCUCACAAACACAGAGCACACCAGUUCACUAGGCAGGAGACCAGCUGUCAAAUAUUGGCAUCAUUAUGUCAAGUCAGACUGAGCCCACCAGCAUGGGAGACAAACUACUGCAAACAGCUGAAGAGGAACAUGGCUUAACAAAACUCAAACAGUUUUCACCCGGCCAUGUACGUAAACUGGGGUUGACGAGGAAAUUGCGCGACAGGAGGGAUUUGAAGGAAGAUGACAACCCAGAAGAGAAAGCACGAAGACACAGAGAGCUGGAGCUGAAGCCGCUGUACAAGGAGCUCCUGUACACCAUCACUCACAAGAUGGGUAAACCGUCGUCCGCUGAGGUCUUCACAGAUAGCCAGCUUCACCAGUACAUCAAGGAGGCUUUCACUAUGACAGAGUCGGAGCACAACACUCUGAUGGAGAAAGUACAGAGCACAGAGCCCCCGGUAUACUGCCUGAUGGCCACAGUAAAGGAAGCAAAGGGAAUCCUGGGAAAAGAUGUCAGUGGUUUUAGUGACCCAUACUGCAUGCUGACCAUACUGGAGGAUGAAGAGGAGAAUCGGACACGCCUGUCCAGAGCCAAACCCAGUAAAGCGGUUGUAAAAGAUGCUGUAUCGGAUGACAAAAUUUACCAGACAGACAUAAAGAAGCAGACCCUGAACCCCAUCUGGAACCAAACCUUUAUACUAGAGUUUGAAGACAUCGCCAGUGCCAACUUCCACCUCGAGAUGUGGGACAAGGACGAAGACGUGUCACUCACUCAGAAAUUUGAGGAGAUCAAAAGCAAUUUUAAUAGUUUAAGAAGAAUGAUCAAGGAGGCCAAAAAGGAGAAAGGCACAGAUGACUUUUUGGGAAACGUUGUCCUGAAAUUGCAGGAUCUCCACUGUACUGAAGAUAACUGGUACAUUCUGCAGCCCAGAACAGAGACCUAUCCUGAUCGCGGCCAGUGCCACCUGAAUCUCAAGUUCAUCCAUAAGGCGAGAGACGGGACGCUGAGUGCUGGUCGUAGCGCUUAUGCCAACUACUGUGGGAUUCUGCAGCAGUUUGUUCAGGCUUACAUCUCCAGGCAGCAGAGUUCUGCUCCGUGGAAAGGGGAGUUGUGUGGCGAGGCUCAGACUUUGCUCGAGCUUUAUGCUACGCAGAACGACCUCUCCCCUUUUCUUCAGGAUCUGGCGAAGUGGGUAGCUUACAGUAAGCUGUAUCAGAGCUUGGAGGUGGACUCGUCUGUGCUGCUCCAGCAGGUCACCAGUAUAGAGUACCACUGGCACCAGCAGGAGCUGCCCUACCAGCAGAAACAGGAACUUGGAGACUCUCUUCAUGGUUUCCUGCAGUACGGAUUGUGUCUGGUGGCCAAAUACAGAGACAUCUUCCCCCCAACUGCCAGUGCUACUCCGAAACUACACACACUGCUCAGAAUCUUGGUCCAGAUCUGUAAGACUCAGGCGUUUCAGAAACUGAACCCAGCUCAUUUUGAGUUGCAUGAUGAGGUCAGCGACGCCAUACAGACAGGUACACAGGAGUGGUUUACCGUCAAGAAGGGUUUGUAUCAGCCAAUGACUAAGGACCUGUCAGAGAUUGUGAACGCCCUCUCCAGGUUGAUUGGGGAGGUGCAGGAAGACAUUAAACAUAACAAGGACGCCUGGAACAGGGUGUUUGUCAGUGCUGUGCAAGUGGAUGUGUUCACUGUUAUCUAUCAGAAGUUUGACUCUCUGCUGGCAAAUGAAGUGAGGGAAACGUUAUCACUGAUGGAGGGUCAGAUGGAGCAGCCUCUGGCCAACAGCCUGUUCCCCGUUUACCUGAGCCUGCAGGCCAUCCACAAAGACAAGGCUUUCUUACAGAAAAGGGGAUUACUCGAGCUGACAAACUUUCACGAGGGCUUCAGAGAGGCUCUGCCUUACUGGCUCAACCAGGCAUUCAGUAAAACUCAAGACAGGGUGGAGAGGGCUGUGCAGGUGGACCAGCUCCAGCCCCUGCAGUCUGGUUCAGUGCCGGUAAAACACAGUUCCUCGGCAGUGGACCUGGUGGCAUGUAUCCAGCCUAUCUGCCAUCUGUGGGAGCAGCUAUCCUGGCCUGACCCUGAAGAGGCCUUCAUGCUCAUGGUCAAACUCACGGAGGAUGUUUGUAAGAUUGUGGUGAACUACUGUCACAUCCUGAAGGAGAGGGUCAGGUUGCUGUCUGAGAACUCUGACCAUGGCAGUGCCAUAAAUAUGUUGUGUGUGGUAGUGAACGACCUGGAGCACUUAAGGUCUGUCCUGACCAGACUUCCUACACAGCUGAACUGGGCAGGGCUUCGAGAUCGGACCCAAAAUGUCAUAGGGGAAAGCCAGUUCACCAACACGCUGCCCUCACAGCUUCAGCAGGCCCAGAGCAUCCUCAGCCGAGAGAUCCGCUCUGCUUUAGACACUCUUGGAAAGAAGCUGAAUACAGACAUUGAGACUUAUGUUAGAAGCAUGUCAACCAGGCGACGGAUUCCCUCCAAGUCCACAGAGGAUGCUGCAGCCCCUCUGAUGCGCUACCUGGAGCAAGAGCUGCAGUAUAUGAAUGAAAACCUGGUUCAAGAGAACUUCAACAGUCUCCUCACUCCUUUGUGGAAUAACUCAAUAAAGAUCCUCUACCAGGUGGCUACUCAGCAUCCACUACAAGAGGGAUUCAUGGUGGUCUGCCAGAGGCUGCUGUAUACACUGCAGUGUCUAGAGCAGUGCUUCCAUGCAGAGGGAAAUGGACUCCCUCUGAAUACACUUCACUCUGAUGAGUACAAGACUCUCAAAGCUCACCUGACUCACAACUCUCUGAGCAGCUGGGAGCUUGUGCAGAAGUUCCUUGACAGGAAAAUAAAAGAGCAGAACGUGUACAGCGGAGAGAAAUAUGGUGCAGUCACACUCCUCGCAUCCUACCGGAGAUCGGACCAAAGACUUAGAGUUGAGGUGCUGCAUGCAGUCAACCUCUUACCAAUGGACUCUAAUGGUUUUAGUGAUCCAUUUGUGCAGCUGUGUCUGGAGCCUAACCACAUCUUUCCUGAGGUGGAACCUCGUUGCACUCAGAUCAAAAACUGUGAUCUCAAUCCCCUUUUUGAUGAGGCCUUUGAAUUUAUGGUUUCCCUGGAUCAGUGCCAGGCUCCAGGGGCUUGCCUGGUAGUGACUGUUCUUGACCACGACACCUUGAUGACGGAUGACUUUGAAGGCGAGGCCUUCCUGGGACUCAAGGCCAUACCAGGAGUUGGUGGAGGAAGGGAAGGAGACGAACUCAGCUCAAAGCCGGACAGCACCCCAGCUCAAAUACGCCUGCCUCUGAUGCAUCCUAAACCUAAUGAGGACAGCAUUCUGAGGCUACUGGAGUCCAGGAAAGGAGAACGAGCGGCUCAGGCCUUCGUGAAAAAGCGAAGACAGAGAGAGAAACAGUCCCAGGAAGGAAUUUGACAGUAAUAAACAUACAGAGACAAGUUCUUCCUCCAAAAAUAUACAAUUUACUUUAAUGAUCUGUACCAAAAACAAAGAAAAAUCCACUCAGAAGGAAACACUGGUGUUGGAUGAGUUGUGUGUGGCAGUAUGGUGAGCAUGGGUUAUUACCAGAGACCAUCAAAGUGAUCAUGAACAUGUUCACACUUGCAUUUAAACCUUACACACCUUUACAUAUCCGUCUGCUUCCCGAUGCUUUGUCUAGUCAGUGCAAGAGAUAAGUAUGACAUCACUUAACUAUGUGUGU